AGAAACCUUCAAUGAUUCAAGUCACCUUUCAAAUGAAUGCUGUAUCUCAACUGAGCAAAAUUCAUCUGACAUUAAUAAUAAGACCACACUCAUCCAAAAUGAUAACAGAUGUCAAUGAUUCUGUCGUUUUGCACAAAAAAAGUUAUAGAACAAAUUUGAGAAACGCUGAAUUAAGUAAACGUACAUUUAGAAUAUUUUUGGAAAAACAGAUAUUGUCACAUGUGGAGAUAGAGAUUCAGAAAAAUAUCCAAGAACCUCAAACACCAUUAACACCUAAUUUUAAUUUUGAUGAAAACGAUCUUACUUUGAGCAAGAUACGAAUAACGCUUUCUCCGUUUCAAACAAUCGUACCCGAAGAGAAAUCAUUUAUAAAAAAUAAUUCAACCCUAUCAAACUUUGAAACUAAAAUGUGUUCCAGUAAUAGAGCUGUAAAAAUAACUAAUGCAAUCGUAAAUCGUGACAUUGAUUCUGAAAUUAAUAUAUACGAGAAUCCUGUUCGAAAGAAAUCAAAAAUUUCUACUGCACUUGUGUCUAAUCAAAAUACCUCAAGCCCUAAAAUGAAUAUAACAGUUGAUAAGCAAUCCAACUGUGCGUUGAUGUAUGUUAAUAGUCCAGAAUGGUUUCAAGAUAACGAGACUGUAUCAGUUCAUGGUUCUUUACUAAGUGAAACUAUUUCGGACGUUAGCACGUACAAUUCAGAUUUAAGAAGAAAUACUAAUCAUAAACGAUGUCGUUGGAAACGCAUACUUUUUUGUUGUGUUAAUUGAGUUUGUUAUUUACAUCAACUGUACAUUAACAAUCAAAAAAUAUAUAUUUGAG